CUCAGUGUCCAUUCUGUUUUUGCGCUGAGGUGUUUGUAUUGUAGGAUUGUUUCGUGAGUGUUGUAGGUAAUCAUGGCAGAAAAUGCAAGUAAACAAACACCUCGUGAGUUAUUAAUUGAAUUUAUAGAACUUUAUAGAAGUUUUACCUGUUUGUGGCUCGUUAAGAGCAAAGAAUACUCCGACAGGAACAAAAAAGACUUAGCUUAUAUUGAGCUAGUUAAAAAGUUCAAGGAGUUUGAUCCGUCGGCAGAUAGGAACACUGUCGUAAAAAAAAUUAACGCGUUGCGUACGGUUUACAAGAAAGAACUUUCGAAAGUUAAGAGUUCGGAGAAAUCUGGGGCUGGUGCGGAUGAUAUAUACAAACCUAGUUUGUGGUAUUUCGACCUUCUUCAUUUCUUGAACGACCAGGAUUUUACGUAA